AUGCCACCAAAGGCGGGCCGGCCCGGCCUGAAGAAGGCGGCCAAGGCGCCGCCGCCGUGUGACCCUGUCGCAGAGCUCAGCAGCCUUGAGGCCAUCCACACCACGCUGACGCAGGCGCAGGAGCUGCGCAACUACUACCAAGUGGAGCGCGACAAGGUGAAUUCGUACUGGGAGGUGACGAAGGCGGAGGUGGAGAACCACCGCUACGCCGUCCUCAAUGCCGAGGCGGGGUUAGAGGAGAUGGAGCGCGCCCACCAGGUGGAGAUGAAGGUGUACAAGCAGAAAGUGCGCCACCUGCUAUAUGAGCACAAGACAAAGGUGAAGUUGUGCAAGGAGGAGAGCGACCGUCUCUUGAAGGAGGCAGAGGAGCGGCACCAGAAACAAAUGAGCGACAUCCGCGCAAAGCUGGUGGAGCAGGGCAAGCAAAUUGAAGAGGCGGCGGGGAACCACGAGAUGCGGAUUGAAGAGCAGCGUGACUCCCACCAUUACAUGGUCGCCGUCACCAAGAAGCAGAGCCACGAGAAGGACAUUGCGCGCCAACAGGCCAUGUAUGACGCAAAGCUCAAGUCGCUGCGCGAUGAGUUGGAGCUUCGGCGCCGCGCAGAAAUACACGAGGUGGAGGAGCGGAAGAAUGAACACAUCAAUGCCCUCAUUCGGCAGCACGAGACGAAGUUUCAAGAGAUGAAGACAUACUACAACCAGAUCACCACCAACAAUCUCGAGAUCAUCCAGUCCCUCAAGGAGGAGAUUGCGCAGAUGAAAAAGAACGACGAACACAACGAGUCGUUGAUGUAUGACAUUGACCGCGAGAAUCAGAACCUUGUGACGCCACUCGAAGAGGCGCAGCGCGAGGUGGCGGAACUGCAACAGAGCCGCAAGCAGUAUGAAAAUGACAAGCGCAGUCUCGGCAUGACCCGCGCAAAACUCCGCUCGCUGCGCGAGGAGAUAUGGCGUCUGCGGGAGGAGCACAAUACACUCGAGGAGCGCUACGCCAAUGUGCACCAGGACCGCGAGGAGCUCAAGGCGAAGUUCGGGUCCGCACUUCAGCAGGCGAUGGGGGUAGUGGAGGAGCGCAACGAGGUGCUGCAGCAGAAACUGAUUGAGUCACACGCACUCGUGGAGGAGCGUGACGCGCAGCUUGAUGGCGUACUGCACGCGAUGAAUCUUGAGCCUACUGCACUUGAAUUCAUCGCGACGGAGGUGGACCGCACACUAGAGCAGAAGAACCAAAUGAUUAAGGACCUCCACUUUGAACUGAAGAAGGGGGAAAAACUGUUCAACGCCACUCUCCUUGAGCUAGAGCGGCGCUGCCAGGCGGUGAACAUUCCGCCACUUUCCCAUGAGAGCUUCACUGUGUAG